AUAAAAUAAAAUAAUCAAUUAAAAUAAAAAAAUAAAAAUUAUGGCCCCAUUAACAGUAGGUAUUAACGGCUUCGGUAGAAUUGGUAAAUUAGUCUUAAGAGCAUCACUUGAAAAUAAAUAAGGCUAAUUAGUAGUAAAUGCUAUUAACGAUCCCUUCAUGAACACUGACUACCUUAUUUACUAAUUAAAGUAUGAUUCUGCUCACGGAAAAUUGCAUGGAACCGUUGAAAAAGUAAACGAAAAUCUUAUUAAAAUAAACGGAAACAAUGUCCACCUUACUCAUGAAAAAGACCCCAACAUGUUAAAAUGGGGUGAUUUUGGUACUCAUAUCGUAUGUGAAUCUACUGGCGCAUUCCUUACUUAAGAAAAAGCUGCUGGUCAUAUCAAAGGAGGUGCUAAAAAAGUUAUUCUUUCUGCCCCUGCCAAAGAUGCUACCCCCACUUAUGUUGUAGGAGUCAACCACAAAAAUUACAAAGCUUCCGAAAACAUCGUUUCUAAUGCUUCUUGCACAACCAACUGUCUUGCCCCCAUUACUAAGGUCCUCCACUCAAAUUGGGGAAUCGUUGAAGGUUUAAUGACAACUGUACAUGCUUCCACUGCAACCUAAUUAGUUGUCGAUGGUGCCGCUAAAGGAGGAAAAGAUUGGAGAGCCGGAAGAGCUGCUUAAGCUAAUAUCAUUCCUUCCACUACUGGAGCUGCUAAAGCUGUAGGAUUGGUCCUCCCUGAAGUCAAAGGAAAACUUACUGGUAUGGCCUUCAGAGUACCUACCAUUAAUGUCUCUUGUGUUGACUUGACUGUCAGAUUAGAAAAAGGAGUCUCUUAUAAAGAUCUUUGCAAAGCUAUGUAAGAAGCCUCUGAAAAAGGAGAUCUUAAAGGAAUUUUAGGAUACACUGGUGACGAAGUUGUUUCAACUGACUUCAACCAUGAUGCCAGAUCUUCGAUUUUCGAUGCCAAAGCAGGUAUUGGAUUAAAUGACAAUUUCCACAAAGUUGUUUCAUGGUAUGAUAAUGAAUGGGGAUAUUCUAAUAGAUUAUUAGAUUUAGCAUUACACGUUAAAAAUGUUUCUGGAUUGUGAGUAUUUUUUAUUAAUUUUAUAAAGAAAAAAUAAAAUAUUUUUUAUGCUUUUGUUAAACAAAUAAAUAGUAUUAUAUAUAUCUUUAUAUCUUUUAAUGUUUGUUUGUUUAAUUUAUUUUAUUUACAAAAAAAUAAAAUAUAAAAUAAUUUUUCUAUUUUUUA